AUGACACAAGACAAUUACAAGGAAAUUGCUGCAAAGAAGCUUGCAGAGAGAGACGCCAAGUUCAUCAAGGAAUGGCUGGUCCCCGAGGAUAAGCUACCAGGCCCCGAGGUCAAGGACGUUCUCAGCUUUCCAAGAGAGUGUGGGUUUCUCACACCCUCAGAGAUCGCCAUCACCGAAGCUGAAGGCACAGAGAUCUUGCAGAAGAUCAAAGAUCGAGUUUGGACUGCGUACGACGUUGCAAGUGCUUUUGGCCAUAGAGCCACCAUUGCACACCAGUUGACAAACUGCCUGUCCGAGAUCUUCUUCGAGGAGGGCUUGCAAAUGGCCAAGGAGCUGGAUGAGUACUAUGAGAAGACUGGCCAAUUGAAAGGUCCUCUGCAUGGAUUGCCGAUUUCUCUGAAGGAUAACCUGAACAUAAAGGGCCAACCAACCUCCAUUGGGUUUGUUGGGUUUGCCUUCAGUCCUGAGAAGUUUGAUAAAGAUGCUGUUCUUGUGGAGAUGCUGAGAGACAUGGGAGCCGUCUUCUACGUCAAGACUAACGUCCCCGUGGCAAUGAUGAUGGCUGAGUCCAUCAACCACAUCUACGGUAACACUGUGAACCCGUUGAACAGGGAUCUCACGUCUGGUGGUUCCUCUGGUGGUGAAGCUGCGCUCAUUGCCAUGAAAGGCUCACCUAUUGGUGUUGGAAGUGAUAUUGGUGGCUCUUUAAGAAUCCCUGCCUCGCUGCAAAACAUCUUUACCAUCAGAUCAAGUGGUGGGAGAUUCCCAACUUACGGGGCUCGUUCUGGCUUGCCAGGUUUAGAAAGUGUCAAUUCCGUUAACGGUCCGAUGAGUACCUCACUAGACACCUUGGAGCUCUAUUCCAAGCUUGUUAUCGAUGGAGAGCCAUGGCUGAAGGAUGGUAAAGUCAUCGAGAUCCCAUGGAGAGACGUUGAGCUACCAGAGAAGUUGACAAUUGCAGUGCUGAGGGAUGAUGGUGUUGUUCAUCCUUCACCUGGUAUUCUUCGUGGCGUGGACAUUGCCGUCCAGGCUCUCAAGAAACAAGGCCACGACAUCAUAGAGUGGGAUCCAAAGGACCAUGAAAGACUGGACGCCAUUAUCACAGAGUUCUUCUUAGCGGACGGUGGUAUCCACUGUAAGGAGUACGCUGGGCUCACUGGCGAGCCCUUCUUCCCAGGCAUGAAGAUGUACACCACCUGUAAAGAGAAGGGUGUCUCUGAACUCUGGGACCUCCAUGCUGAGCGUACCACCUUGACAAAGAACUACCUAGAUCGCUGGGCUGCAACAAAGACCAACACCAAGAGUGGUAAACCAAUCGAUAUGAUCCUGAUGCCCGUGUCUCCAUACUCAGGCUGCGCCAACGGGAAGUUCAGAUACGUCGGCUACACCGCUGUCUUCAACGCCCUGGACUUCACAGCAGGCACAGUCCCAGUGACCAGAGCUGACAAGGCCAUAGACGUCAAGGACCCAGGCUAUGUUCCAAAGAGUGAAAGGGACAAGAUGGUUCAGGACUUGCUUGAUACUGAUGAAGUCCACGGUGGUGCCAUCUCGGUCCAAGUCGUUGGAAGAAGGCUACAGGAGGAGAAGGUCAUUAAGAUGAUGAGAGUCGUCGCAAAGGCUGUCGGAACAGACAAAUACUGGCAUUAG